AUGGCGCACGAUUCGCGCGACACAAAAAUAAACCUUCCCCUUGAACUGUCAAACGCGCAGGAGGAGGAGGAGGAGGAGGUUUUGGUGAACACCGAUGAUGAGUCCAAGAUCGACGUACCCUCUUCGCCGGUUGUCGUGAUUGAUCUGGAGGACCAGGAAGAAGGCGGCCUCGAAGACGAUGUCGUAUUGCUUGACCCAGAACCGCGUCGGCAGCGGCGUCGUCACAAAACGUGCCAACACUGCCAGCAACGCUUUCGUGCGAGCCUGCUCUGUACCGUGCCCGGCGUCCAGCUGUGUGGUUCGUGUGCACGCGCUGGUGCCACUGAUAUCAUCAAGGCUGCCAUGGGUGCUAGACGUGACGCGUCGCUCCCAGACUUUCCAAACACGCCGCUUGAGAUCUUGACGGCUGUGGGUGAGGAAGCCGUCGUUGCCUACGGUGCCCAGCUGGCUCAGGAUGGAUGCCAAGCAACGCCCCGCUUGCCCUGUUCCACGGCUGGACUCACCCGUCUUCUACAAGCCGUUGAGGCCAUCAACCCAACCGAUGCUGGUGGAGGCCCGCCUACUACCGACUCUUCCCGUGGUGCACGAACCAAUCGAGGACGUGGUCGUGGCAGACGUGGUCGUCGGGCCGCGAAGCAGCCCAAGUACAUGGCACAAACGGCCUGGUCAGCCGGUACAGGCUUUGGUGGACGUGAAAAUUCGCGCCUAGAUGCACGACUUCUGGCUUGCCUGCAGGACGCUGCAUCUCAACGUCAGAGCUCCGAGGACGCACGAUUGGAGCAGCGACUGCGAGACCUGGACAUGGCCUUAAAGGGCGCUGAGCUCACUGCACCGACGUGCUUUGCUCUGUGGUACCAUGUCCUGACCUCGGGCAUGCUGGAUACACUGACCAAUAUGUUGCGAAGUGUCAAUCUUGCCGACAUGAUGGAGCAGCGCAGGGCCGUACAUUGUGCCCUUUUCAGCCUGCUCGCCACCUUUGGGGCUAAACCAGAGCUGGCCGCCCUUCUUGCGCCUCAGUGGAAACUCAAGGACGCCCUUGAGGAGAUUCUGCAAAAGACUUCACAUGCCUCUGCCGUUGAUACCAGUUUGGAGAAUCUGCCAGUGUUCCUUGACAUUCUUAUUACCAUCCUGGGUGCGAAACGGCAGGAGAUUGAAGAGACCGAAUCGUUGAGUGAAGCAGAAGUAUACGUGAAGGAGCUGCGCAAUCAAUCGUAUCGAACGAUUGAAAUGGACCUUGGUCGGCAUUCUUUCAGUUCACAAGCCCGUGCCCUGAAGCAAGCCCCUUUAAAGCGCAUGAAGCGCAUCCAGAAGGAACUUGCUGCGCUCUCGUCGUCGUUGCCGCUGAGUUUCUCGGGGAGUAUCUUUGUCCGAGCAGACGAGGCUCGACCGGAUGUACUCAAGGCACUCAUCAUCGGUCCGGAAGAUACGCCUUAUGCCAAUGGCUGCUUUUUUUUCGAUAUUUUUCUUCCUGAACAAUAUCCCCAAACACCACCGCUGGUUCAACUCGUCACGACUGAUCGUGGACACGUGCGCUUCAACCCCAACCUGUACAAGAAUCCUUACUACAAUGAGCCUGGGUAUGAGGAGCAUGGCAACAAGCCUACAUCUCAGCGGUAUAAUCGCGCUCUUCAAUAUCAGACGGCGCGCGUGGCCAUGCACCAGGUGCUGCUGCACACGCCACCCGAGUUUCUCCACGUCGUCUCGACCCACUUUCGCUGCAAACGUGCUUGUCUCGUGGCGCAGCUGCAGGCUUGGCGAGAACAGCUCAUGGCUCAUCCACCAGCGCAUCAAGGUCAAGCCGGGCGGUUCGGCCAGCCUCCGCUCCAUGAACUUGAGGAAGUAUCGCUUCAGGCUAUGGACGUCGUUGUUGCACAAGUUCUUCAGGCAGUGGACAAGCUCAAGGUGGACAAGGAAAUUGUGGUGCUGUAA